AUGUCGGGUCGCCGAGCUUUGCACUUCGUAUUCAAAGUGGGAAACGGCUUUCAGAUGGCACAUUUCUUUCGAGAUGUCCUGGGGAUGAAGGUGCUGGCUGGAGGGGACUGGCGCGCUAGACUGGAAGCACCUGGCGGAGGAGGCGGGUAAUGGGUUCUGCGGCAUGAAGAAUUUGAAGAAGGCUGCAAAGCUGCCUGUAAUGGGCCUUAUGAUGGGAAAUGGAGUAAAACAAUGGUGGGAUUUGGGCCUGAGGAUGAUCAUUUUGUUGCAGAGCUGACUUACAAUUAUGGCAUUGGAGACUACAAGCUGGGCAAUGACUUCAUGGGAAUCACACUUGCUUCUAGCCAGGCUGUCAGCAAUGCCAGGAAGCUGGAGUGGCCACUCAGUGAAGUUGCAGAAGGAGUUUUUGAAAUUGAGGCCCCAGGAGGAUAUAAGUUCUAUUUGCAGAAUCAGAGUCUACUUCAAUCAGAUCCUGUAUUGAAAGUAACUCUUGCAGUGUCUGAUCUUCAGAAGUCCUUGAACUACUGGUCUAAUCUACUGGGAAUGAAAAUUUAUGAACAAGAUAAAGAGAAGCAAAGGGCUUUGCUGGGCUAUGCUGAUAACCAGCGUAAGUUGGAGCUGCAGGGCAUCAAGGGUACAGUUGACCAUACAGCAGCUUUUGGAAGAAUUGCCUUUUCUUGUCCCCACAAAGAGUUGCCAGACUUAGAAGACUUGAUGAAAAGGGAGAAACAGACGAUCCUGACUCCCCUGGUGAGUCUGGAUACCCCAGGGAAGGCCACAGUACAAGUGGUCAUUCUGGCUGACCCUGGUGGACAUGAAAUUUGCUUUGUUGGGGAUGAAGCAUUUCGAGAACUUUCGAAAAUGGAUCCAGAGGGAAGCAAAUUAUUGGAUGAUGCAAUGGCAGCAGAUAAAAGUGAUGAGUGGUUUGCUGAAAGAAAUAAACCAAAGGCUUCAGGUUAAUGGAAGACAUCAUGUGAAACAAGCAUUUAUGAUUCCUGCAUGGCACCUAUGAGACCUGAUAUGUCUCUUUUUGAUAAAUGCUCUUACAACUUCAUUGUGCCCUACCAAGGCAAGGA